GCGUCGUCAAGCAGAGUAUACUGGCUCGCCCUUGGAGCUCACUUUUCAAUUCGUCUCGCCAGCCAAGCGCAAUGACUGGACCCCCUCCCACACCCAACACGCUUACCGAGCCCCUCGCCGACACACCCAUGCGCCGUUCUCGGUUCUCGAUCAAGUGGAUUCUUAGCGUCGUCGGCGUUGUCGGUGCCGUCUGCAUCACAGUCGGUGCCCUCUACGCCUUCAAUGCGCCAGAGCCCAACCACGCCGGCGAAAUUGUGUCCCAGAUCCAGCAGUCCCCCGGUCUCCGCGUCCAGAUCCAAGCCAAGCGCUCCAGCAUGGCCUUCAACGGCCAGACCUCGGCGACGGUCUAUGUCAUUCCGCGCACCGGAUCGGGCACCAACCUCAAGUUUGACGCGUACUUGUCGCAGCCGGGACCGGACGUGACGGCCAACUACGUCCUCUUGAACGACCGCGCGUACUGGUCGACCAUUCAAGGUAACACAACGACGGACGCGGGCUGCUUGGACGCCUCUCAAUUCCCGCCCGUCCAGCUCAUGCAAGCGAGUCUCGCGGACGCCAUUGUUGUCGCCAACGCCAAUGGCCAAACGGUCGACUGUCCGUCAGGCAAGCUUCUGCAACUGCAAUUUGCGGGCGAGACGUUUAUCUUUUGCAAUUCCGAGACCAACAAACUCACAAACGCCGUGGGCACAGACCUCGACAUGACGAUCGAGUACCUGACCGACCCGACGCUGCUGCCCGAUUUUGACGUGCCGCAGGUGGUCGGGAAGGCGCCGUUGAACUGCCCGGUCGUGGUUACGGAUACUGCGGUGCGCAGUAGCGAGAGUCUCCGGACCGCAACUCCCGAGUGGUUUGGUUCGUCAUCGUGCGGGUGCAAGGGCCCGAAAAAGCCAUGUUUGUUUGUCCACGGUGUCGGCGAAAAGUCGAGUGCGGCGCCAACAUCAACGUUCGCGGAAUCGUGGGGCGACGUCCAGAAGCACGCGCCGUGCUGCUCGAGCGUCAAGUUUGCCCACUACGAGUCGGUGACACGGGCGUGGAACAACCCGUCGACGCAAGUCGAGUUUUGCGACACGGCGCUCAAAGUCGGCACGUCGGGUGGCAAGACGAUCGACAACAUGAUCUUGGUGACGUUUUCGAUGGGCAACCUCGUCGCGUCCGGUGCCGUCGCCAGCGGCAAGUGCAACAUCGGCAAGGGCGUCACGUGGGUCUCGAUCGGCGGCCCGAUGCAAGGUAGUAAGGCAGCCAAUCUCCUCGAGCAAAAGUGUGCUGGCAACGGCUGGGACAUUGUGCUCAAGGGCAUCCUCAGUCUCAUUGGCUACUGCCCCGCGACGCCCGCGUACCUCAACAUGCGCCACCAAAACACGGCAAAUGCGGCCCUUGUCAGCGACUACCAAGCGGCUCAGCGUGUGCGUCAGCAGUAUGUCACCAAGGUUCUCUGCGGCGUCAGCUCGUUUGGCUUGGUGUCAACGGACGCGAUUGCGCUCUCGGUUGUCGGCGCUCUCGUCAAGCACGACACCCAGCACGACGGCGUCGUCGACUUCAACAGCUGCAGCGUCGGCGUCGGCGGGUUUCAAACAAGCGCGAGCUCGAGCGCCAACUACAAGGCGUCGGUAAACCACCUCGACACGUCGUUCCGCCACGGUGACGGGUGGUGGGGUGCUGACCGCAAGCCACUCAAGUGGUUCGAGUGCGCGCUCUAAUGUCGUAUGAACCAAGGCCAGGUAGCAUUGGUUGUCAUUGGUGCUCCCGGAGUAUCAACUCAAUGUUUUGUUCUCCC